AAAAAAUAUUUAACCCUGCACUUCCCACGUAACUCCAAGCUCAACCAACCUCUCUCCACCCGGAUUUAGUAAAGAGCACAGAGUUUCUCUCAGGCAAAUUGAUAAGAUACUGUCUCAGUGUUUCUUGAGGAUUUCUAUCUGAGCAGGACUACUUACUUGUUCCUACCUCACGUCCCCUACUUCCUUUGCUGAUAGAAAGGCAAAGAGGGGCUCAAAAAUGGGGUAUAAGAGUCAUAAAAGGGGCUUCUCCGUGUCCUUCCAUGUUAUCAGUCCCUUCUGAAUCCUCGUCCUUCAUAGCAGGAGAUAAAGAUUGGGGGGCCGAGGGCAGCGAGGGCAGCGUGAAGAAGCCCAGGCCGAUUCCCAGCACCUACGUGGUGAGACGGCUCCGCGCUGAACUUGGCGCCAGGUCAGGCAGCCUUGAGUUCUGCAAACUGCUGCGCUCGGAGAUUAGGCGGAUGUAACAAUCACCUGAAAGGGGAGAUUAAAGCGCUUCUCAAUGAGGUCCUUUGUCCCCGGCAUCAUUUGAUGCUUUGGGCCUUUUCAAACCGCGCCGGGGAAUGCGCUUUAAAUGUUUGUCCCGGCGGCCGGGGCGGCUCCAGUGAGGACCGGCAGGGCUGGGGACAUGGAGAAGGGCCCCUUCUCGGUGGAGUGGCUGGCCCAGAGCAGCCGCGGCGGAGCCCGGGAGAUGCCCGGCUCGCCCCGGGACCGGGAGGCCGCGGAGCUCGGCAGCCCCGGGCACGAAGCGCUGUCGGCGGGGGCCGCGCCCGGGCGGUCCCGCACCAAGUUCUCGGCCGCGCAGCUGCAGGAGCUGGAGCGCAGCUUCCGCGAGCAGCGCUACAUCGGCGCCGGCGAGAAACGGCGCUUGGCCGCCGUGCUGAACCUCUCCCAGAGCCAGAUAAAAACAUGGUUUCAGAAUCGUCGUAUGAAGUUCAAACGACAGACUCAAGACGCCAGGAUCGAAGCUCUUUUCUCGGGCUUGUUUUUGCCCUGUCAUUGUCACUCAGAUGCGGCUACAUCCAGCUAUCCUCCUGGGGUGGAUGUCAAUGUCUCUGCUACCUCUGCUGGCUCCCUUCACCCAGCUACGCCAAACCCUGCCUUGUUGUUACCUUCUGUUCCAGCUCAGUCUCUUCAGCCAGUUUUGCCAAGUCCAGCUUUCCUAUUGCCUCCCGGGCCGGGAUUAUCUUGUUACUCUUCUGUGCUUCCAGCAGUGACUCUAACCACAGAACAUAAAAGACUGAUAUUCCAACCAGACCUUCCUUCCUGUUAAAAAUGUCCACGAUCGUCUGUAAUCCCAAAAAAGUGCCAAAUAUAUAUAAGAGUAACUAUUUAUUUUGUUAUAUUAAAUAAAUUUAAGAUUCUUUGAAUUAUUUUCUUUAAUGUAAAAAAGUUUGAUUAGAGGAGAAAAUAAUUUACCCAUAUUAGAGAAGUUAUAUUGAUUGGAAGUGGAGGACAUGAAAUCUUUCUAUAUUCCUACAGUCUUUACAAUGCUGGUGGAAAUUUCUAUGUAAAUUUUCCUAUCUAAAAGUUUUCAGAAAAUAACCUACAAUCAGGUAGGGACCUCCACUAAAAAAAAAGUGGAGUACUGUUUACACUGAAACUUCUGUAGUAACUAUGUCAUUUAAUAGGCAAUGGUGUUUAAAACUUUGUCCAUUCUACCUGAGUGGGGGUUUUGAGGAAACAAUUGUGAGCUACAGCCAAGUGUAUUUAAAUUGUUACCAAAGGUAAAAACGCUAUGGACAAAACUGAACAAGUUGCUCAGUAUUCUCUUUCAUAUGUAUAUUCUAUACCAUUCUACAAGUGGUCUCACAUGUUUUUUGAUGGACAUGUUGCAUUUAUGCAUUAAAAGAGAGAUAAAGCCCUAAGGAAUUAA